GCAGAACGUGUGCAGCGGUAAUGGCUGCCAGGGAGCGAGAAGAGCACAACAAAUGAACCUGAGACCAGAGGCAAAGUGAGGACUAGGAUGGUCAGCAGCCAGCCGAAGUACGAGCUGAUCCAGGAGGUGGGGCGCGGAAGUUACGGCGUGGUGUAUGAGGCGGUGGUGAAGCGCUCGGGGCUCCGGGUGGCGGUGAAGAAGAUCCGCUGCCACUCUCCGGAGAACGUGGAGCUGGCCCUGCGCGAGUUCUGGGCCUUGAGCAGCAUCCAGAGCCAGCACCCCAACGUCAUCCACCUGGAGGAGUGCAUCCUGCAGAGGGACCAGCUCGCCCAGAGAAUGAACCACGGGUCCAGCUCCCCGCUCUACCUCGAGCUGGUGGAGACGUCUCUGAAGGGCGAGAUCACCUUCGACCCGUGCUGCGCGUACUACCUGUGGUUCGUCAUGGACUUCUGCGACGGCGGCGACAUGAACGCCUACCUGCUUUCGCGCAAACCCAGCCGCAAGACCAACACCAGCUUCAUGCUGCAGCUGGGCAGCGCGCUCGCCUUCCUGCACCGCAAUCAGAUCAUCCACCGCGACCUCAAGCCCGACAACAUCCUCAUCUCGCAGGCCUGCACGCCCGCCGGGGUCACCGAGCCCACGCUCAAGGUGGCAGACUUCGGGCUGAGCAAAGUGUGCUCCACGUCCGGCCUGAACUCCGAGGAGCCGGCCAGCGUCAACAAGUGCUUCCUGUCCACGGCGUGUGGGACGGACUUCUACAUGGCGCCCGAGGUGUGGGAGGGCCACUACACGGCGAAAGCGGAUAUCUUCGCCUUGGGCAUCAUCAUCUGGGCGAUGGUGGAGCGCAUCACCUUCGUGGACGUGGAGACGCAGAAGGAGCUGCUGGGGAGCUACGUUCAGCAGGGCUCAGAGAUCGUGCCGCUGGGGGAGGCGCUGCUGGAGAACCCGAAGAUGGAGCUGCUGAUCCCGGCCCGGAAGAAGAGCAUGAACACGCACAUGAAGCAGCUGAUCAGGGAGAUGCUGUCGGCGAAUCCUCAGGAGCGACCGGACGCCUUCGAACUGGAGCUCAGGCUGGUGCGCAUCGCCUGCCGAGAGCUGGACUGGGACACGUGAUGAUGCACGGGCAAAAACCUGGAUCUCAAACCCGGGGAUUAUUGGUUUUAUCAAGUGAACAAUAAUGAGUAAGAGUUGUUUGGAGUUAGAUUUGUCUUUUGUGUGAACAGAUCGACAAUCUGGGUGUCAAUGUGUAAACCAUUAAUGUAAAACAGCUGACACAAAUGCAAGAAAAGGUCCUUUAACUUAAAAAAACUCUAUAGAAAAAAUAUGAGACGGAUCUAAAAAUAUACAUGCUCUUAUUUUGAAAUGUAGGAAAUGUGUCUCAAUCAUUUUAGACGCACAAAAAAAAGACUCAUUAUAAUUUUGAGUCCAGUUUUCAGUUCCAUACUCUUUGAACUUUCUAAAAAAUAUAGACAUUUUGAUGACGAUUACAAAAAAAAUCUAUUUGGAGCCCUACUGUAAAGAAGACUUCCUAUAAUUCAUAGAAAAACCUCCAAAAUGAAUCAACAUUUUAUCCAAAUCACACUAUGUACUAGUGCAGUACCAAAAAUACCAAUAAUCUAAUAUAUUUGAACGUGUGUUAAAACAUUCACAAAUCCCUAAAAAAAAAAGUUCUAAAAGUUAGAGAAAAUUUCCCAAACCUCUAAAUCAAUUUGAUCCAUUCACAGAUUUGUGGAAUGUGUUGGUGAAGUCCAAAAAAUGUAAGUUCACAAACUUAAUAUUGCAUUUGUGGGAGGGGUUUUACAUUCACACACAGAUUGCCGCUCUGCUCACACCAAUAAUAUUGAGACAAAUACCUCCAUAUUUGUUUCAUGGCUUCAUCCACUGUCUGAGCGCACGCGGUCCUCCUCUCGCUGUGUCUUUACAUUCGGGUUCGCUGCUGCUGCUGCUGCUUUAAAUGGCAGCUGAGACUCAGGCUAAUCACAGCUUCCACUUCCUCCUCACAGAAUCACUUGAGCGUGCUGGUAGAGCGAAAUGACAAGAUGUCCCGAAACUCGAUUAGAAAGUGGAAGAGACAGUUUGUCUACAAAUCCCAUCCGGCCCCUCGGUGCUAAUUGUGACUUAAUGCAAUAUGAGACAUAAUCCUGUGAUCAGUACAGCGUACAUUUAUCCAAAGGGACACUAGAGUGGUGCAGGAAUGAGUCCUAAAACCCUGAAAUCAGUCUUUUGAGUUUGUUUUUCUUUGGUUGUUACCCUGAAAUAAGAUCUGUGGUUAACACAAGAUGAAGAGAUUUAAAAUUAUACAACAUAAAUGGAGUCAGUAAAUACCCCUCUGGAGAAGUGUCUAACUGAGACGACUAAACGUCAUCACGUCCAACAUUAGCCGCCUUUAGCUUAGCGGUCGUGACGUGAGGUCAUGUGACUGUGCUGUAGUUCCUUUAUAGCCCAACAUUAGCCGCCUUUAGCUUAGCGGUCGUGACGUGAGGUCAUGUGACCGUGCUGUAGUUCCUUUAUAGCCCAACAUUAGCCGCCUUUAGCUUAGCGGUCGUGACGUGAGGUCAUGUGACCGUGCUGUAGUUCCUUUACAGCCUUACGUUAACGUCUUACUUCAGAAACCGUAGUUCAUGUAGGCUGAAGAGUUUAUAUGGAGCUUAUUUUCUGCAAUAAUCCAAUGGAGAAAUCCCAUCGGCUUUUUGUUGAGGCAACCAGGGAGGUGAUGCCUUCAGGGUCAGCCUACAAAAAUCCGUCAUCCCUGCACCACUCUGUAUUUAAACACCUCGGUGUGUUUGAUGAAAGGCUCUGACAGAACUGGUACACGCCCACCAGCAUUAAUAUAUAAACUUCAGAUUGGAUUCUGUCUUUGGCAUCAAAUGCUCAGGUAACAACAACAAAACGGCUCGAUGGUAUUUGUAGACAAACACCUUGGUGUGGAAAAACACUGAUAUCUACACUAUCAAUAUCUGGUGCUUUAUUUAAUUGUGCUGCUUUGUUGUUCUCAUUUAGGCGGGGCACGUUUCAUCAGUUAUUGAGCAGCAGGCAGCGGGGGCUUAUGGUUGCAUUUCUUCCUCCUCCUGCUCAUUACAGACUUUAAGAUAAGUUCCCACACAAGAAUGUAAAACAAGACAGGUCACCUUUUAUUUAUGCGGAGCCUUAAACGCUUGAAUUACACCCAGUAAAUGAGAAGAUAACGCUGGUUCAUUACAACUUGGAUAGCUCUUGCCGUUGUCCUGUGUUCAGUGACUAUUCCUUUGCCUGUUACACUUAAUAUUUUCCCAUGUAGUGAAUGUAGUUCAGUGACAGCAGUGGCCGAUUUACAACUCCUCAUUUGUUGUAAUGUUCUUAACUUUUCACCCUCGAUUUUAGACGAAAACUGAACCUAAUUUUCAGUAGAUUAUUGGCAGUUUUGCUUGAUGAAAUGACCUCUGAUCCUGCAGACUUUCUUAGAUUUGCUAUGAGAAAAAGAAUAUACCCUUCAUCGUCCCACAGAGGGGAGCAGUGUGGGACUUGCUCAGGGACACCUCCGUAGCAUUUGAUCUUAACCUGUUGACCUUCCGGCUCCCAAGCCAAGUCCCUGUGGACUUCGCCACUUCCUCGAUUUAGUGAAACCUAAUUAAUAAUCUGUGUGGAGUGAUUUGAGAUUUUCAAGAAAGAAAUAUGAAUUUUUCUGAGAUUUUUUUUGUUGAUUUCUUUUAAAACUUUGAGAAAAAAGUAUUGAUUUUGUUUUUUUUUCAAAAUUCUGGAUUUGAAUGUUUGAAUUUCUCUUUCAGAAUUCAGAGAUUUUCAGAUUUUUUUUGUUCAAAAUUUAGAAAUUAAAGUCAGAAUUUAAUAAAGAAAAAUUCAGAAAAAUGUAUAAAUAAUAUUAACAAUUCAAUUCAAUGAUAUGGCAGCACAACCACAGCCUAAUAAAUGGAGCUCUGAGUAAUCUUUUGGCUCGUUAACAACAAAUCAGAUCACCUUUUUACCCCAUUAUCAUCCAGCCCAAUAAAAAUAAAUGCCCCCUUAAAGAAACCAAAGUUGUAAUGAACCAGAAUCAUUGUUCUCUUUAAGUCAACACCAAGAACACUAGAAUGAAGCCUAAAGUCAUGGCGAACAAAUCCACUGUUACUCCGAUGGAAUUAUCUGGAGCUGUGACAUGAAUAUUCACCUCCAUUUAGACCUGAACAGAACAAAGGUGAGGGGCUCAGUGAAUGUCACGCAAAGCACUUUUCUCUUAAGUUGUUUAUAUUUAUUCCUCAUGAAGUUCCUGCUGCGUUAUACCACGGAGGGGAUGUGAGGCAUAAUCGCUUUUUGUUUAUGAACGCCAGCCGACGGUCUACUUAUGCAUGCAGUGCCUCUCACCUUCAGGGAGACGACACCAGCACACAAUCCUCCCUGAGCCAGAGGAUCUCUCUUAUAUCGUUCUGUUUUUUAAAUUUGGGUAGCAUAAUACUGUUGUGUUUAACUUGAUCUCCUCUCACUGUGUCACUGGCUCUGGAUCUUACAGUAAUCCCUUUCUCCAUGCUUCCGACAGGCUCUCGUUUUUAAGCCUAUUAGGUGGUUGCAGCACUUGGCAGAGGAUCCCGCUCCGGGGACCUUUUUUCUUUUGGUUGGGCUUUCAGGUCAUAAAUAACGUGUGCACUUUUUAACUAAUUGUACAGGACGCCUUUUCAAAAACCAGUAUUUGCUCUAAAACUGAUGGAAGUUUAAUGGACUUAUAGGGGAUGGGAAUGUGACGUCAUGAGCAGCAAUUCACCCGUCUUUGGAGGAUUACUUAGGAGCACUUAACCCUUAAAGGGGCGCUCAAUAUAUUGAAUGAAUAAUUGAUAUUUUCUUAUUGACACUAGAACUGUAUUACACCUAUAUUAGUCUGUUGUUACACCAUGAGACACUGUUCUUAGACCCUUAUUACAUUGUGACUACACUGUCAUUCAACCCAUGUCAAUAUCACCCCCAAUAUCACACCCUAAUUACACUGUUGUUACACCCAUUUCACACAUGGGCACAACCUAUCAAAUAAGUGUGUCCACCAUCAAACGGACAACCAUUUAAGGCUCAACCUGUACGGCGAGUGAAGUAUCGCAAAACGUUUUUACUUUUACCCUUGUAGGAGUGUGUGGGAGAGAAUGUUAGCCUUUGCAGACCAUUUACGUGCACUGAAACCUGUUUCUGACGGCUGCUGUCCUCCAAAGAUGGCCGUCGCGGUUCCCAUUCCCUAUUGCCGAUAUUUAUCUGGUCUUCAAUUCUCCCGCCUUUUUUUUGGGUUUCACUUUGACGCGAUUGCGAUUUGAAAAGUUCCUGAACUUCGACGCUCGAGUGGCCUCGUUUAUUUAGCAAACACAGAAUUAGCUGAAGUUGUGUUUGCCUCGGAUCAGUAUUCAAAAUAAACAUAUUAUUUUUCCUGCAGGACAUCCAUGAUGCUUUGGACAAUUUAAAAAUGUGUUUGCUGCUCUAAGCAAAGCAAAGGAUGCUGGGUAAUGGAGUCUUUUCUCAUUAUAGAAUCAACUUCCUGUGUUGUUGUUUUUUGCCAAACAAAAGUUCAAUCUGCGGUUUGAAGAGAUUUUGUGUUGUAUUAAAUUCCUUUGCACAUGUGUAAAUACUGUACAGCA